AGUCUUUUUUCUCCGGCAAUGCUAACUGGUGAACGUUCACUGGGAAGGAACUCCCAGCGAACGCCCUCGUAGCCGUUUGAUCUCUAGAAAGAAAUUGUCACCCCUAGGUCCUGUCUUUCGGGAGAGACCUGCGGACGAAGGAUUACGUCCAUAUUUUAAUUUUCUUCCCCUCCGGAGAGACUUGCCAAUGUACGAUCGCCGGUGACAAUUAAAGACUUCUGAUCUCUUGGAUCCAUUGCCAUAGCCAUAUUCAUCUCCUCGCCGAUUUCGCCCACGUGAAAUCUCAAAGAAAUCAUCAUGGUCAUGGAAACCAAGCGGAGGAAAGCCGUCUUCGUCUUCCCGCGGUGCCUUGGCCUUCGCCGCGCACGGCCCCGCCACGGCAGGAAGGAGAAGGAGCGUCCCGCUUCUCGGCCAGCAGAUUGGAGGGACUGGGCGGCGCUGCCCGGCACCGCCCUGCGCGCGAUCCUCGGGCGGCUUCAUCAGACCGACGUCCUCCGCGGGACGGGGCCAGGGCUGGCGUGCGCGUCGUGGCGGCGCGCGGCCGUCGAGGACCCGCUGCUGUGGCGGCGCAUCGACCUCGCCUCCGACGAGGACGGGGACAAGGACGCUCCGGCGGGGUGGCAGGCGAUGGCGCGCGCCGCCGUGGACCGCAGCGCCGGCUGGUGCGAGUCCUUCCGCGGCCGCGUCGACGGCGACCUCCUCGUCUACCUCGCCGACAACACGCCGCUGCUGAGGAGCCUCCACGUGACGAGCAUGCUUGACAUGCACGGCUGCCAGCUUGGCACGACGGCGAUGGAGAAGCUGCCCCUUCUGGAGCAGCUCGUGGUGGCGGGGGGAUACUUCGACCACGCUAUGCUGUGCGCCGUCCUCGACCACUGCCCGCGUCUCCGGCUGCUCGACGCCGGCGGCUGAAGCAACGGGAAAAAGGCUCGUAGCUAGGUGCGAGAGCAGGAUCCGGGACCUCCGGCUGCCGCGCUGGUCGACCGGUGGCGGAUGCGGCUGCUGCAGACAAAUGGCUCAAGAGUACGCAGACGAACAUGAUGAAUGAUCAUCUGUUGCAGCAGACUAUUCCCGGCUUUAAGUUUUAGUUUUGCCUCAGGCUCCAUGGCUAUAUGCAAGCUAGCUAGUUAAUUAGUUUACAUGCUCUUUGUGUUUUGGCUAUAUGUAGAUGUUAGUCAUUUUUGUGAUCUUAUCACGUAUUCCGUCUAUCCCACAAUAUAAGACGUUUUUUCAAGUUAAGACAAUUUGUAAAAACAUUUCACCCUCACAAGGUGAACUCCGGAGAGAAAGCCAAGCCAUGGUGAGAAAACAUGCUUCUCCCGCUCCUUGUUUUUGUCGUGAUCGUGGAUGUGGUGUUUUUUUGUUGGUGUUGCAGCAUCCGCCUCCCGUCAGCGCAUGUUCGACCACUCGACGGAUUUGGCCGUGGUUGUGUGGUGGUUUA